AUGCUUGGCCAGACUCCUCUUUUCGCGCUUGCGCUUGCGCCUCUCGCCGUUGCUCAGAUCUCGGAGGGAUUUGAGUCAGGGUGGAACCAAUCUACUUGGACGACAUACGCGCCUGACUGCAACCAAGGUGGAAAGAUCGCGUUGGACACCACGACUGCCCACACAGGCAAGAACUCCAUCAGGGUCGAUGGCGCUGGUGGCUAUUGCGGCCACGUCUUCGUAGGCACAAACAAGGUGCCUACUGGUGAUACCUACGUCAGAACGUACUUCAAAGCUGCGAAGGCGUUCACCGACUCCCACGUUACCUUCAUCACUCAUCCAGACCCAGCCCAAGGUACCAACAAGCACCUGCGCAUUGGUGGCCAGUCAAAGAUCCUGAUGUACAAUCGCGAAUCUGAUGAUGCAACUCUUCCGGACCUCUCACCUCAAGGCAUUGCAUCAUCCGUCUCCAUCCCAGUUAACACCUGGUGCUGCCUCGAGUACCACAUCGGCACCGACGGAAGCAUUGAGACUUGGUUCAAUGGCACUGCUAUCGCAGGAUUGACGUCCAAGCCAGGGGUGAGCAACCCAAAUGCUGCGCAGUGGCAAAGGAGCAGUAUAAAGCCGAAGCCAAUUGGAGUAUACUUUGGCUGGGAGAGCUACGGUGGCGAUACUAACACCUUCUGGUACGAUGACAUCGUAGUCAGCAACAAAAAGAUCGGUUGCUAG